GGCGGUCCACUGGACAGGGGAAGAGGAGCCACGGGCGGCGACGCCGUCACGAUCCGCACCCGCGAUUUGUCCCCCCCUCCUGCGCCUCGCGGGAAAUCACGCGCCGCGACGCCCGAAUCGCCUCGAUCCGGCCGCGGAAUCGGCACGCACGCGGCAGCAGCCUCCCCGACCCACUCGCGCGAGUCGCGUCGGCUCAGGUUUCCUUCACGCUCCUCUCCUGUUUCCUCCAGAUUCAUGCCGACGCGAUGUUCUCUUGCUCGUCCCGUAGCUGCGCGGGCCGAGUGGCCUCCCGUCCACCCCUUUUGGUGCUUAUCGGAGGAGGGGGUUGAGCGAUCUGAUGCGGUUUCGUGCUUAAUUUUGGUCGGUUGCAGCCCCCUUCCGUUUUCUAGGUUUUUGCUCGCGUCUGGUGGGGUUGGUCGUGCAGGAGGUCGGAACGCGGCUGUAUUUAGCUCCUAAUAUGAUCUCUGCUGGACUAGUUAGAUCUUACGAGUUUGAAUUAUUUAUGCUUAAUGGAUAAAUGAUCAUUCCGUGGGGUAUAAAUUUCACAGGUUCAGGAUUUCACUUUUGACCUCAUUGCAGAUAAUAGACUCGAUAUGUGGAUCCUGAAAGUUUGAUCUCGUUGAAUUGGAUUCGAGUGUCAGCUUUCGGUCAGCAUUGUUGCCUUCGUUUCUGUUUGAUGCCUGCUAGUCGAAGGAAGGUGAUGCUGGAUGACGCUGAAGGACUUUGAAAGCAUAGGGGUCCGAUGAAGUUUUGUUUGCCACCAUGAGGGUCAAUUUCGGGCACCUAGUGGCCGUGAUGGCUCAAUAUUCUGCGCCCACAUGGGCUACUCUAGUUGCCGGGCUCUUCAUGCUGCUUGCACUUUCGCUCUCCACGUACCUGAUAUUUGAGCAUCUCUCGGCCUAUAACAAUCCAGAGGAACAAAAAUUUGUACUGGGUGUUAUCCUCAUGGUCCCUUGCUAUGCAAUUGAGUCGUAUAUUUCUUUGAUAAAUCCAAAUACAAGUGUUUACUGUGGCAUCCUGCGUGAUGGUUAUGAAGCAUUUGCAAUGUACUGCUUUGGAAGAUAUAUAACUGCAUGUUUAGGUGGGGAAGAUAAAACAAUAGCUUUUUUGAAGAGGGAGGGUGGCUCAGGUUCUGGGCAACCUCUACUACAUCAUGCCUCUGAGAAGGGAAUCAUACACCAUCAUUUUCCUAUAAAUUUUAUAUUGAAACCAUGGAGAUUGGGGACGCGAUUCUACCUGAUUAUCAAAUUUGGAAUCUUCCAAUAUAUGAUCAUAAAGACCCUCACAGCUACCUUAUCUCUUCUUCUAGAACCUUUUGGUGUGUAUUGUGAUGGAGAAUUCAAUUUACGAUGUGGGUACCCUUACUUUGCUGCAGUUCUCAACUUUAGUCAAUAUUGGGCCCUGUACUGUCUAGUGGCAUGGUACACUGCUACAAAGGAUGAAUUGGCACCUAUAAAGCCUCUCGCUAAGUUUCUUUCUUUCAAAUCUAUAGUAUUCUUGACUUGGUGGCAAGGUGUGGUGAUUGCAAUAUUGUAUGCUUUGGGCCUUCUUAGAAGUCCUUUAGCCCAGAGCUUGGAGUUAAAAUCAAGCAUUCAAAACUUCAUUAUUUGCAUAGAGAUGGGCAUUGCUUCAGCUGUUCACCUCUAUGUGUUCCCAGCCGAGCCAUAUGCACUCUUAGCUAAUCAGCCACCUGGAAACAUUUCUGUACUUGGGGAUUGUGCAUCCUCUGAUCCUGUGGACCCUUUUGAAAUUACAGAAAGCAACCGACCUACCAAAAUGAAGUUUCCACAGUUGGAACCUGAUGAGAGAAGCGUGACAAACAUAAAAGAAAGUGUUCGGGACUUUGUUGUUGGCAGUGGAGAAUAUGUGAUCAAGGAUUUCAAGUUCACUGUUGACCAAGCAGUAAAGCCAGUGGAAAAGCGCUUUGAUAAAUUGAUGAAAAAGAAGGACAAGCGUAAGAAAACCCAGGACGACAACUCGGUGAGUGCAGCAACACCAAAGAGACCAAUUCGUGGGAUUGAUGAUCCACUAUUAAGCGGGAGUGCAAGUGACAGUGGCGUCACGAAGGUGAAAAAACAUCACAAAGUUGUGGGCUCAGCUGGUGCUAUGGACAGCUGGGGAGGUGGUGAUCAGUCAUCUGAUGGUUAUGAGAUCAGGGGUCACCGCUGGGCUGUAAAGAACUAACGAUUCUACUGUGCAGGAUUGGUAAAUCCAACCCAUAUGACGUGGGAAAAAAAGACAUUGAUAUGUUUGCGGGUAAACUUGCAGGCAAGUGUAGAUAGCUGAUAGAUAGCCUCUGUGCAUAGGUUACUAACUUUUCUUUUUAAAUUCUGUCCAAGUCACAUUGAUACUUGUUUUUUGAGGAAAUCACAUUGACACUUGUUAUCGCAAAAAUUGAGAAGGAACUUUUUCUUUCUUUAGAGA